GGCUGGCAUGCCGCCCUUUCUGCGCCUCGUUCUCUUCUCGACCUGCUGGUGGUGGACAUUGGGGCUGGUAAAAGGUAUUCAUCCGGAAUGUAGAUUACGUCAGGAAAUCCAUGAAGAGGAAAUAAGGUGUCUAGAACUCUUAAAGAAUUCCAAAAUGGUGGGUUACAAAGGAUGUGUUGGCAUCUGGGAUAACAUUACCUGCUGGCACCCUGCCAAAAUUGGAGAAACUGUGACAGUCCCUUGUCCAAAGGUCUUUAGCUAUUAUUCCAACCAACCAGGAAAUAUCAGCAAAAAAUGUACACAUAACGGUUGGUCAGAUAUCUUUCCAGAAUUAUUCUCUGCUUGUGGAUACCAAGAAAUUGAGGAUGAUACGGUUUUCUAUGUUCUAGUGAAAGCAAUUUACACCCUUGGACACAGUGCAUCUCUCAUUGCUCUGACUACAGGAAGCAUCAUUCUUUGUCUUUUUAGGAAACUUCACUGCACUCGGAACUACAUACAUCUGAACUUGUUCCUGUCUUUCAUUCUAAGAGCAAUCUCGGUCUUAGUUAAGGAUGAUAUCCUCUUUUCCAGUACUAACACAGAGCACUGUGAGCAAGAUCAAUCAUCGUUGGUCGGCUGCAAGGCUAGCUUGGUAUUUUUCCAGUACUGUGUAAUGGCCAACUUUUAUUGGCUCUUAGUUGAAGGACUUUAUCUCCACAUCCUCCUCACGGUCAUAUUCUCUCCUAACAGACACUUCACCAUAUAUCUCCUUAUUGGAUGGGGCAUCCCAACGGUUUUCAUCGUCAUGUGGAUAGUAUCCAGGGUGUAUUUAGACGACAUUGAUUGUUGGGAUACAAAUGAACACAGUGGUCCUUGGUGGAUUAUAAGAGUACCAAUCCUAAUUUCCAUUUUAGUGAAUUUUAUACUUUUCAUUAGCAUUAUAAGAAUUUUGCUACAAAAGCUGAGAUCGCCUGAUGUUGGAGGCAAUGACCAAUGCCAGUACAAGAGACUUGCAAAAUCAACAUUGCUUCUUAUUCCACUGUUCGGAGUCCACUACAUGGUUUUUGCUGUCUUUCCUAUUCACAUUUCUCAUCACUACCAGAUCAUUUUUGAGUUAUGUCUGGGAUCUUUUCAGGGCCUGGUCGUUGCAGUACUGUAUUGCUUUCUGAACAGUGAAGUACAAGGCGAAGUGAAAAGAAAAUGGCGGAGCUGGUGUUUGAACCAAAGAAUGGGGCGAGAUUACAGACUUCACAGCUAUUCUAUUUCUCGAAAUGGCUCAGAAAGCAUCUCUCAACUGCAUCGUAAUUCAGCGACUCAGUUUUCUCUCCAGACGGAAACCACAGUGAUAUAA